CACAGCCCCAAACCCUGGGUUGUGACUCGUGAGCACAUAAUCGACACUCGAUAGUCACGAUCACUUCUUCACUAAUUCAAAGAAAUAUUGGUUCACGGCAUAGAUCAUUCGGCGCAAUGUCCCUUCUCCGCCAAAGCCGGACUGCCACCGUGCAGCUCCGUGGUUUCUCAUCAUCCUCCGUUCUCCGGGUUGGACCAGAAUCACCGAAUUUUAUUGAAAUUCCUCGAACAAUCCAACCGGAUCUUCCACCUAAGCCCCGUGUCAAGGGUACGCUGCCGGUCCCGCGUGAACUCUUCCCUAAGCGACGAGCGGACAAACCCAACAAACAAUACAUUGCCGCCGCCACACCUCUCCCUACCAAGCAAGAAACUAUUGACCCAGAUGAGCCUCAUGCUGAAUACCGGAGCUGGAAACGGAGCAUGGCCGAAAUGAGGCGACAGAACUUCGAAGAGGGUUUGGUGGAACUUCACAGCCGGAAACUACGGACGGAUAAGACAAUGGAGGAUCGAAGUCGGGAGAGGCAGAAGCUACGAGAUCACGUUCUCCGACAACGUGAACGAGAGGACGAAUACCUCACACGGCCGUCUAUUCCUCGGGAUAUGCUACCGAAGCGCAUGCCUGUGCUGCCGGAUCCAGGCAGGGAACAGCGACUCGCUCAAUCUAAAGCCCGAACUGAGAAGAAGGCUGCCAAGAAGGUGGCAGAGCGUCGGGAUGCAUUGCACACGCUCUACAUGAAUGCUCGUCACUUCAUCACUACCGAGUCCCAACUAGCGGCUGAAAUUGAGAAGGUCUUUCCUGAGGGAGAGAAUGAAGCUUGGCGCAGCGAUCACAAAUACGGCGAGAACAUUUGGAAUCUUGGUUUCCCAAGGGGUAUGGCAAGCCGUGUUAACGAGAACCGUGAGGUGGAGCGUUGGGAUGUUGUCCAAGGCAGAAUCAAGAAGCUGGGAGAACAAAUCACCGGUGGAACGAUCUGAUAGUGUAUCAACACUUGUAUAAUAUUACUGUGUGAUUUUAGAAUAUGUAUUGACCGCACCUAUUUUACGCCUUGUAUAC